AUGGCGGCGGCGGCCGGCGAGGCCGCUAGUCCGCAGCGGGCGCCUACUGAGCACUGCCGGGCUGGGGUGACUGCGGGACUGGGCAGUGACGAGGACGCGCCAGUGCGGCCGCUGUGCAAGCCUCGCGGCAUCUGCUCGCGCGCCUACUUUCUAGUGCUGAUGGUGUUCGUGCACCUGUACCUGGGCAACGUGCUGGCGCUGCUCCUCUUCGUGCAUUACAGCAACGGAGACGAGAGCUCCGACCCCGGGCCCCAGCGCCGCGCCGAGGGCCCUGGAUCCGCACCAAACCUGGGCCCCCUCACCCGGCUUGAGGGAAUCAAGGUAGGGCACGAGCGCAAAGUGCAGCUGAUCGCUGACAGGGACCACUUCAUCCGAACCCUCAGCCUCAAGCCUCUGCUCUUCGAAAUCCCCGGCUUCCUGAGUGAUGAGGAAUGUCGACUCAUCAUCCACUUGGCACAGAUGAAGGGCUUGCAGCGCAGCCAGAUCCUGCCCACUGAGGAGUACGAGGAGGCAAUGGGCACGAUGCAGGUCAGCCAGCUGGACCUCUUCCGGCUGCUGGACCAGAACCGUGAUGGUCGUCUGCAGCUCCGAGAGGUCCUGGCCCAGACUCGCCUGGGAAACGGGCGGUGGAUGACUCCGGAGAGCAUUCAGGAGAUGUACUCCGCGAUCAAGGCUGACCCAGAUGGUGACGGAGUGCUGAGUCUGCAAGAGUUCUCCAACAUGGACCUUCGGGACUUCCACAAGUAUAUGAAGAGCCACAAGGCAGAGACCAGUGAGCUGGUACGGAACAGCCACCACACGUGGCUCUACCAGGGUGAGGGUGCCCAUCACGUCAUGCGUGCCAUCCGUCAGAGGGUACUGCGUCUCACCCGUCUGUCACCUGAGAUUGUGGAGCUCAGUGAGCCACUGCAGGUUGUGCGGUAUGGCGAGGGAGGCCACUACCAUGCCCAUGUGGACAGUGGACCUGUAUACCCAGAGACCAUCUGCUCUCACACCAAGUUGGUAGCCAAUGAGUCUGUACCCUUCGAGACCUCCUGCCGCUAUAUGACGGUGCUGUUUUAUUUGAACAACGUCACCAGCGGGGGUGAGACUGUCUUCCCUGUAGCUGACAACAGGACCUACGAUGAAAUGAGUCUGAUUCAAGAUGACGUUGACCUUCGUGACACUCGGAAGCACUGUGACAAGGGGAAUCUGCGUGUUAAGCCCCAGCAGGGUACAGCCGUCUUUUGGUACAAUUACCUGUCUGAUGGGCAAGGCUGGGUGGGAGACGUGGACGACUAUUCGCUGCACGGAGGCUGCCUAGUCACGCGUGGCACCAAGUGGAUUGCCAACAACUGGAUCAACGUGGACCCUAGCCGGACGCGGCAGGCACUUUUUCAGCAGGAGAUGGCACGCCUGGCCCGUGAAGGUGGCGCCGACUCGCAGCCUGAAUGGGCCCUGGACCGGGCCUACCGCGACGCUCGCGUGGAGCUCUGA